AUGGCGGAUUCAUCAAUUCUGCCAGAAAAUAACGUUCUUAUUCCACUUUUUUCUUCACCAGAACAAGAUAAGUUACAUAAUAAUUCUUCUAUUCAUUUGCAAAUAAUUGAUAGUGAGCAUCAAGAAAUUAAACAAGCCGCUGUUAAAGCUUUACAUCAAAAUUCUAUAUUAACUAUGCAAGUGAUUGCAAGCGGUGAGUCACCUGCUAGAACUAAGUUACGGAUGUUACGUUAUAUAACUUGUUUACCACAACCUUCAUAUGAAUGA